CGGGACGUUCAGUCAGGAGGUAACCCUCACUUUCACACAGACUUAACAGGUACAACAUGACCGGUGUCGCUUUCAUUGUGAUCUUUGCAAGCGCCCUUGUAACAAUAACAACGGCGGCCAUCUUGAAAUGUUCAGAUUACAAAGGAGUGCUAUUCCAUAACGCGGAGGAAUACAUACCUCAUAAAGAUGAGCCGUGCAAGGCAUGCAAAUGCGAAAAAGGUUUCCCCGCCAUGUGUAGACAACUCCCGUGUUCCCCACCACCUAAAAACUGCAAACACGUGGCACAGGUCGAGGGCUGUUGUAAAUAUCUGUGUCUGGAUAAAUUCAGGCGAACCCCGGACACAGAGGUAGAAAAUGAUAACUGCACGGACAUCGCAAUAAUCGGCGCUGGCGUCUCGGGUGCAUACACGGCCUGGCGUCUACGUAAUCGAAACCUCACCGUGGACGUGUACGAAUACUCCGACAGAAUUGGAGGACGACUACACACCGCCAAGUUGCCCCACAUCCCCGACGUGAACAUCGAACUCGGCGGCAUGAGGUUCGUCCCCGACUGGCACCCUCGGUUGUACAAGGUAAUCAAGGCUCUCGGUUUGGACAUGGUAGACUUUCAGCCCAAGAACGCCAGCAAAGAAACGCUGUAUUACAUAAGGGGGAGACAACUCAGAGAGGCAGAUUUUACGACAAGCAAGUUGCCCUACAACCUGAAGGACGAAGAGAGAGGGAAGAGUCCCGCAGCUCUACGAUGGAAGGUGUUUUCUGAGAACACCAACUACACAGACCGGGGUCCCCGUGAGUUCCGGAUAGGGAAGGGUCUGCUGCAACUGUCUACACGUGACGGUCUACUGCUGCAUGAUCAGAGUUACGAGACCAUGUUUCGUAGCGUUGCGAGUGAAGAGGCUUACAAUUACAUUCGGGACACCGAAGGCUAUCACAGCUUCUUUGGCUCAACUAGCGCCGCCGUGUACAUCCCCUUGUCUGGACCUGAAGGAUGGUCCAGCAACUCGCCAUACAAAACCCUCAAACAUGGGAUGGACCAUCUCCCUAAGUCGUUGUUGAAAGCAGCCCUGGAAGGUCAGAGCAACCGGUUACAUCUUAAUCGCCGUUUGACUAAGAUACAGUCAUUACCAUCGAGGAACUAUCAACUGACGUUCAAGGAAACGGUAACGAAAAAAGAUGGCUACACGAGGGACAAAUACGGAAGAAAGUCCUUUGUGAAGACAUGCGCAAAGAAAGUGAUCCUGGCUCUUCCAAGAAUGGGGCUUGCAGGAAUUAACUGGCACGGUUUCAAGAAACAUCGUCUUUUCCGACGCUAUAUUUCAUCCGUCACUGAUACACCAGUUGCAAAAAUAUACCUUGGCUUCCGCAGUCCUUGGUGGGAAAAGCUCAACGUGUCUUUCUCCAAAAUUCAUACGGAUUUGCCGCUUGCAUUCGUAUUGAAAGGGGGAGUAUCAGCAGAUACUGGAAGAGCCGUGCUUCUUGUGUCAUAUAAAGAUAUUGAUAUUUCGUACUGGAAACAACUAUCAAAACUCGGCAAGCCAAUCCGCGGGGCACUUAAGACACCCUAUACCGUCACAACCAGGAUGGUUGCUAACAUUAAGCGCCACCUAGCGGAUAUCUUUGGAAUUGAGACCCGGCAAAUUCCUGACCCAAUAUCAGGCGCACUGUCAGUAUGGGAUGACUACCCGUUUGGUGGAGGCUACAAUAUGUGGUUGCCUGGAUACCACUGGGAUGACGUCAGAAAGACGAUGACGCGCCCUUCCACGAAGGAUCACGUGUACACAGUGGGGUCUGUGUUCUCAUUCCACGACGGCCAAGCGUGGGUAGAGGGCGCUUUACAGAGGUCGGACGAACUAGUCGAUGAAUUUUUCUAAGUGUUUUAUUGACAGUUGCAUAUUACUCUAAGUAAAUCACGAAAUAUGGUAUGAAACUCAAAUUUGGUAAAAUGUACAUGGUAGAAAAUAUAACGGUAUUAUAUCCAUACUAUACUUGACUAUACUUGAUGUCAACAGCCGUUAAAGGAGAAAACUAACGCAAAA